AUGAUUCCAAACGUAUCUCCAACCAAGAUGAAUAGAUCUUGGGAAGAAAUAGUCAAAGAAAAGCGGGCGACUCGAGAUGCGCAAAUUGAGAAACACUUGACAGCAGAGACGAAUGUCAGUUUGACUCAAAUCGCAUCUGAAGCGGUUGAUAUCGACAGUAUAACAAGUCUUAUCCGCGAUGGAGCGGUAUCCGCUGUCGAAUUGAUCCAAGUUUGCUUUGACGAUGCUCUUAAGCAAGCCAGCAAGCUCGAUGGCUUUCAGAAAGAACAUGGUCGACUAAUAGGUCCGCUGCAUGGUAUUCCAGUCACAGUGAAAGAUCAAUUCAAUAUUAAGGGUUUGGACUCGACGUUGGGCUACGUUGGAAAGGCAUUUACACCAGCGGACGACGAUGCACUGCUUAUCCAAACGUUGAAGAAGCUUGGGGCUGUCAUCAUCGGGAAAACUAAUCUUCCUCAGAGUAUCAUGUGGUGUGAGACUGAUAACCCUCUCUGGGGGUUGACGACCCAUCCAGAUGAUCCAAAACUCACUCCAGGAGGAUCAUCUGGCGGGGAAGCAGCUAUGUUGGCAACCUGUGCUUCAAUGGUCGGUUGGGGAACAGAUAUUGGCGGCUCUAUCCGGAUUCCGUGUCACAUGAACGGCCUUUGGGGUCUGAAGCCUAGUAGUGGCCGUCUCUCUUAUCGCGGUGUUGAGGUAACACUUGAAGGGCAGCAGCACAUUCCAUCAGCUGUAGGACCAAUGGCUAGAUCUCUAAGUUCCCUCAAACUCGUUACAAAGUUGGCGAUUGAGGCUGAACCGUGGACAACGGACUCUCAGCUACCACCAAUCCUUUGGAGGGAGGAUGCCUUCCAGAGCUUUGCGACAAGACGACUGGUGAUUGGAGCAAUGCUUGAUGACGGCAUGGUCAAGGUUCAUCCGCCUAUUGAGCGGUUAUUCAGAGACCUGAUAACAAAGUUGGAAGCUGCUGGUCACGAAGUGAUAGAAUGGGACUCGCGCUUGAAUUCUAGCAUUAUAGAUAUCAUGGAUGGUUACUAUUCCGCCGAUGGGGGUGAGGAUAUCCGAAGAGCUGUCUCGGAAGGCGGUGAACCGUUCGUUCCGCAGAUCGAAGCCUUCGUCAACCGCGGCACACCCAUCUCUGUCUUCGAGUAUUGGCAACUCAACAAGCGAAAGGUUGCUGUCCAAGAGGCCUACCAAGACAUGUGGAAUAACAAGAGAUCACCUACUGGACGCUCUGUUGACGUAUUGCUAGUUCCAACUAUGCCUCAUACCGCAGUGCCUCACGGGUCUUGUCGCUGGACAGGCUAUACCAAGAUAUUCAACUUGCUGGAUUACACCGCCUUGACAUUUCCAGCGGGAAAGACGUCCAAGGGCGGGAAUGAUGAAAGUUUCUGGGAACAUGUUCCGCGGAAUAAGAUCGAUGCCUGGAAUCAGCAGUUGUAUGAUCCUGUGGCGAUGGAAGGGCGUCAUGUAGGCUUGCAGAUUGUUGGGCGGAGAUUUGAAGAGGAGAAGGUGCUCGGCGCGGCUGAGCAGAUUCAUAGUUUAUUAUAG